GUUGACGUGAGGGCGAGCAUUCACACGCACGAGUCUCAUAUUCCAUCAAGCACGACACGCCGCAUCACACACCAUGCAGCGAGGCCUGGAGAUAGACAGGAAGAAGACCAUUUGAAACCAGCAAGUGCCAUGUCUACUUCCAGGCUACCCGUCUUGACAUCAACACGCACACCCGUGAUGACACUAGCCCCUCUCCCCUCCCCCUUAGUCAUGUUUGACGUGUGUCUCUCUUCACAUCUUCACAUCUGGGCCAUCAUUGCCGCUGCCUCCGCAAUACGGGCGGCGAAGCGAGCAGUCGAAACCGGGAUCAGGCCCGGGUCGCUGUAGCUCAGAUCAGAGCCCAGCUCAGCCGCCGCUCGUAGGGCCGCUGUGUCUUGGGUUCUGUCGGGGAUGUCGUUGGCCACCGGGGCCUCCUCCGUUUCAUUGCUGGGCGUGUCCACAUCGCCCCCGUUCUCUGUCUCGUUGCUGGUGCUGUUCGAGGCCGCUUCCUCUUGGCUGCUGUUGUCCGUUCGGGCCGCACCGUUGAUGAGAGCCAGCAGCUCCUGGCCUGCCAGGCGGCCUUGGACAGAUGCAUUCACCAGGGCCAGUAUCGCAAGGCCCAUACGACGGCCUUCGGCGGCGGGCACAGGCUGCAUGCAGGUGCGGUAGCCAAGGGAGCCGGCACCCUUGCUGGUAAGGCACAUGGUGGAUGAUGCCGG